AUGCCGGCCUCUGUGCGGUACCGAGCAGAUUCUGCUUCCCCUUUCCAGAAACCUAAGGCUUACAGUAUUCAGAUUGGAAUCCAACAGGAAGGUGGUGAACCCAUUGUCCAAUACCUGGCUGUCCUCAUUGAACAAGCAACUAGGGUUCCUCUUCUUUUUCAGAAGCUGAUAUACAAAGGGAAAUCUCUAAAGGAAAUGGAGCAAUCAUUAUCUUCCCUUGGAGUGCAACAUGGUUCCAGAGUCGUGUUGUUUGGGAAAAGGGAUAGUCCCGAGGAAGAAGCAGAAUUAAAAAGAAAAAAAAAAAAACCACUAAAGGAUCUGGAGAAAUCACUGGAGCAAGUAGCCAACAAAUUAGAAAAUAUUAAUAAAGAGCUCACUGGUAUCCAAAGGGGUUUCCUGGCAAAGGAUGUGAAAGCCGAAGCUCUCAGCAAACUUAGCAAGAGAACAAAAGGAACUGUGGAGCAGCUUAUGAAUCUGGAACAAAUUGAUUCACUAACACUGCCAAAAAACUUCAGCGACUGCAGGCUGAAGAGGAAGGGUCUUGUACAGAAGGGGCAGUCUCUCCUUGAGCAGUGUGACAAAGUCAAGAGAAAUAUUGAUCAGGAGGUAAAAAAGCUCCGGUCCAAGAACGGGGCACUGGCAGAAUGA